AGUGCGAACCAAAUCCAAAUUCAUGAGAUUUUUCACGAGCUAUAUAAAAUAAUUGCCGGCACUCCUCGGGCUCAUUACUCAAUUCGUUUUGAAGUUGGAAGUACAACAUGGGAGCCAAAAGUAUAAUUUUUGUUGCGCUUGCCGCAAUUAUUUCGGUUGGUUUGGGCGCACCGGCCACUAUCAACACCGAUAAAAUCAAGGCAGCGGCAUCUCAAUUGGAAUGCGUUGCCAAAACCAUUUUACCCAUUGACCAAAAACAUGGACUAGGCGAUCUUUGGCUUCCAAUCUAUUUCCCAAUCGUCAUGCACACCAAUACUUUGUACGAAUGUCAAGCCCAGAAGUCACAACCACAAAGCGACGAGUGUGCGGAUGAAGAAAUGCGUGAAGCUGUAUACACAUUGGUCGGUUUCUUGGAAAAUGUUUAUGAGAAUCAUUCUGAUGUGGCGCUAGAAAUUCACGCUGCUCUUGUUUCGCAAUGUGAACUCGACGUGCCCUCACCUGACGACGAAUUCAUCUAUCUGUCGCGCAAAGUCAGCCUAAAUAAAUUCAACUUCAAGAAAUACUUCAAUAUUGAGCAUAUUAAAUGCGUGGUACAAUCUCUUGUCGUUGCAAUCGGCGAUAAUAACGAUGCACUCGACUGGAUCACAUAUAAUAUCGAACUGAAGGAAUCAAUUGAAAGAAUUAUCGCUUGUAAUAAAUAUGUUGGCAUGGACAAGAAAGUAUGCAUCGUAACGGAAUUGAAAACUACAAUCAAAGUUUUGUUGGAUCUAUGGAAAUUCUUCGCUGAGGUAAAAAUUAAACGAAAUUCCGAUAGAAUGAACACUUUAAUGUCGAAACAAAUUGAAUUAUUUGAGCAUGAGUUUCAUUGAAUUUGCCAAUAUAAAUGAAAAUGAUGAUGAAAUGUGGCAGAGCAAAAUCAAUAUUACAGUGCGACGACGCAUUACAAUUUUUCAUCACAAUCUGCUUACUCUUCUCCUAAUUCGUCUCCUUUCCUUACGUCUUUUUGUGUAUUUCCAGAAAAAGCAUGUUCAAGUUCUCGCACAUAUUAAGGCUGAAAUCAAAGGAAAAUGCUACAAGAAGCCAUUUUUGAUGUAAAUCAUUUGGAGUGUGGCGAGGAAAUGUCAAGUCCGCAAAAACGGAAUGGCGUCAUCCACUUGAAGGGAAACCAAAUAAAAGUAGAGCAUGUAAUCUGACAUUUAGACUAAUUGUAAACGCCUUUUUUGUAUUGUAAACAACAUGUUAUGAUGACAAAAAAAUGAGAUAUAUGCGAUAAAAACUGAAUGAACAGUU